GGAGCCAUUUUCGGCGCCGUUCUGGUCGCCAGUGGAAAUGGGUGGAGCAACUGUAAUAGUGGUGUUACAGGGCAGUGGGCGGACAAGGGGCCGCUGGACGUCCAAUGUUACGGGUGGAAAGGCAUCCGUUUCUGGCCUCAAAAAGCCUCAAAAGCAGUCAUUUUCGGCGUCAAUCCCACAGGUCGAAUAGUGGUGUUACAGGGCAGUGGGCGGACAAGGGGCCGCUGGACGUCCAAUGUUACGGGUGGAAAGGCAUCCGUUUCUGGCCUCAAAAAGCCUCAAAAGCAGUCAUUUUCGGCGUCAAUCCCACAGGUCCUCCUAUUCUAG